UGGCGACCGGCUGGUUCCUCUGAGUAGUGCGAGAGGUGAGGAGAGGAGGAGCGCUUGAGGCGAGGGCCGCACACUUUAUUUUUUUAUUUUUUAUUUUUAUUUUUCCUUUCCAACCGGCCCGGUAAAUAACGGAGAGAGGACUUCCCCGUCCAGCUGUCAGACCGGGACCUGAGGUCAAACUAACUCCGGUUCACCGGACAGACAGAACGUUAACGGGACCAGAACUCUGCCUGCCUUUUCCUCUGCCGUGAUUCAGCCCAAUCCGAGAUCAGACCACACCGAUCGGCCGACGCUAAACUUUCCGUUUCUCUCUCCCGGGACUAAAUCCUCUCUCAUCGACACUUAAUCUCCCUGUAUUAACGACACUUUUAAUCGUUUGGGAACUUUUACUUUCAGGUCGCGAGGAGUUGUAAUUCGCCUAAAGGACACAGCGCCCCCACCCAACUUCUGAAACACUUUUCUCCGUGGUUCUUAUUUCUGUCUGGUGCGGUAACGGGGCAUGACGAGGAUUAUCUAACUGGACGUCGCUGAGCCACUAGACCCACCAUUUGUUCUCCAGUAAAGGGGUAAGGGGUCAGAGGUGAGGAUGGCAGGAGCCUCAGUGAAGGUGGCAGUACGCGUGCGACCUUUCAACUCCCGGGAGACCAGCCGAGAUGCCAAGUGUGUUAUACAGAUGCAGGGAAACUCCACCUGCAUCUCCAACCCCAAACAGCCCAAGAAUGAAGGCAAGAGUUUCACCUUCGACUACUCUUACUGGUCACACACUACGGCGGAGGAUGAGAGAUUUGCCUCCCAGAGACAAGUCUAUAAGGACAUCGGAGAGGAAAUGCUGCUUCAUGCUUUUGAAGGAUACAAUGUCUGUAUCUUCGCCUACGGACAGACCGGAGCAGGGAAGAGUUACACAAUGUGGGGAAGACAGGAAGAGGGACAGGAGGGGAUCAUUCCCCAGCUGUGUGAGGAUUUGUUUAAGAGGACAGUUGGAAACACAGAUCCUGAUCUCUCCUUCUCAGUGGAGGUGUCCUACAUGGAGAUCUACUGUGAGAGGGUGCGUGACCUGUUGAACCCUAAGUCGAAGGGUACACUCCGUGUUAGGGAGCACCCUAUAAUGGGACCGUACGUUGAAGAUCUGUCUAAACUGGCUGUGACCGGAUACAAUGACAUUCAGGACCUAAUGGACUGUGGAAACAAAGCUAGGACGGUGGCGGCAACAAAUAUGAAUGAGACGUCUAGUCGUUCCCACGCCGUCUUCACCAUCGUGUUCACACAGAAACGAAGAGACCAACUCACCAGCCUGGACACUGAGAAGGUCAGUAAGGUCAGUCUGGUGGACCUAGCUGGUAGUGAGAGAGCUGACUCGUCGGGGGCAAAGGGUUUGAGGUUGAAGGAAGGAGCUAAUAUCAACAAGUCUCUCACCACCCUGGGGAAGGUCAUCUCUGCUCUGGCUGAAAUGCAGAACAGUAAGAAGAGGAAGUCCGACUUCAUCCCCUACAGAGACUCGGUCCUCACCUGGCUCCUGAAAGAGAACCUGGGUGGUAACUCCAGGACAGCGAUGAUAGCAGCUCUCAGUCCAGCAGACAUUAACUAUGAAGAAACACUCAGUACACUCAGGUAUGCGGACCGUGCCAAGCAGAUCAGGUGUAAUGCUAUAAUCAAUGAGGAUCCCAACGCCAGACUGAUCAGAGAACUGAAAGAAGAAGUCAACAGACUGAGAGACCUGCUGUUCUCACAGGGGCUGUCUGAACUAUUGGCUGUAACAGGUGGAGAGGUGAACAACAACAGUGUUCUGGGCUCCUCCCCCACAGGCCUGCCAACCCACCAGCCAAUCACCGCUAACGGCCAAUCAGAAGCCCCACAGAACCCUGCCCAAGAUUCUAACUCCGCCCCUGACGAAGACUCCACACCUGACGGAGACGCUGAUCACAUGACUGAUCACAUGACGGCGGACUUUGCUGAAGGGGAGGAGCUUGUUGAGACCAUCAGUAAAGAGGAGGUGGCUGAGAGACUGGAGGAGACUGAGAAGAUCAUUGCUGAGCUGAACGAGACAUGGGAGGAGAAACUGAGGAAGACUGAAUCUAUACGACAUGAGAGAGAGUCUCUGCUGGCUGAGAUGGGAGUGUCCAUUAAAGAAGAUGGAGGAACAUUAGGGGUGUUCUCUCCUAAAGGGACUCCCCACCUGGUGAAUCUGAAUGAGGAUCCUCUGAUGUCAGAAUGUCUGCUGUACUACAUCAAGGAGGGAGUCACCAGGGUUGGUCAACAGGAUGUGGACAUCAGACUCUCUGGUCAGUUCAUCAAGGAACAACACUGUGUCUUCUACAGUCACACCAACCACCAAGGAGAGGUCAUAGUAACCCUGGAACCUCUGGAGGGGGCAGAGACUUAUGUCAAUGGGAAACAGAUCACAGAAGCGCUGGUGCUAAAACAAGGUAACCGUAUAGUGAUGGGGAAGAACCAUGUGUUCCGGUUCACCCACCCAGAACAGGCCCGUCUGGAGAGAGAACAGAGAGAGAGGAGCAGUACCAGUCCCAGCCACCAGGAGACCGAAUGCACUGCCAACACAGGCCUCCAGGGGGAGCCAGAGGACUGGACCUACGCUCAGCGAGAACUACUGGAGAAACAAGGGAUAGACAUCAAACUGGAGAUGGAGAAGAGGCUGCAGGACAUGGAGAUUCAGUACCGGAGGGAGAAGGAGGAGGCUGACCUAUUACUGGAACAACAGAGACUGUAUACAGACUCAGACAGUGGAGACGACUCUGAUAAGAGAUCCUGUGAAGAGAGCUGGAGACUGAUAUCUUCACUCAGAGAGAAACUACCUGCUAACAAGGUCCAGUCGAUAGUAAAGCGUUGUGGCCUGCCCAGUAGUGGUAAACGUCGGGAGCCACUCAGGGUCUAUCAGAUCCCUCAGCGUCGCCGAAUCAGCAAAGACCCCAAACGGGUUACCAUCAGAGACCUGAGGAUGCAGGCGGUCAAAGAGAUCUGCUACGAGGUUGCCUUGGGGGAUUUCCGUCACUCUCGUCAGGAGAUUGAGGCUCUGUCCAUUGUGAAGAUGAAGGAGCUAACCAGGAUGUAUUCUAAGAAAGACAACACAGAGGCAGACAGCUGGAGGGCUGUGGCUCAGGAUGUCUGGGACACCGUGGGGAUAGGGGAGGACAGGAGGGAGGAGGUGGAGGAGGGAGGAGGAGGGGCAGGGCCUGGGGGUGUGUACGACCUGAAGGCUCAUAUUGAUAGGCUGACGGAUGUUCUACAGGAAGUAAAGAUUCAGAAUAAUAUGAAGGAUGAAGAGAUCAAAGCUCUGAGAGACAGGAUGGUCAAGAUGGAGAGCAUUAUACCUACUGGACAGGAGGAGGACAUGGAAAAUGACGAGGAGGAAGGGGGCGGUUCCCAAUGUGAUGGUGACGGGGUCGAUGAUGACGGACAGCCCAAUCCACCCAAUGAGAAGAGAGUAGUUAAGCUGAUGACAGACGACCCAGCCUUUAGACGAGGGAGGAUGAGGUGGCUGAAACAGGAACAGACCCGACUACAGAACCUUCAACAACAGAAUAUUACUAAAAGACUCAGACAGAACACCCAGAACUCCCCAACCCCCAACACCCCUCUGGUCCCAGUGCACCCCCCCCCUGUGGUCCACCUCCCCGGGACCGGCCGCUUCAUCCCCCCACAGGACUGUAAACUCAAGUUCCCCUUCAAGAGCAACCCCCACCACCGUCUCUCAUGGAGCCCUGCCACUGCCCUGAUGAUGCUGGGGGAGGGGGGGAUAGAUGGUGAGUGGGAGGAGCGGGCAGAGGGAGGAGGUGGAAAAGCAACUCCCUCUCCUCCUCCUCCUCCUGCUGCUCUCCUCCCACUCCCAUUCCAGAUGGUCCCUAGAGGCCACACCCCCUCCCCACACCGCACCUGGCAACAACCACAACAGCACCGUAGCAACAGUAACCAUGGGAACCCACACUUCCCAGUUCCAGGGCAACAGCAGGGGCCGCCUCCGUGGCGAUAUAGGCGGAACUCCCUGGACAGCUCCCCACAGGGCAACAACAACAAUCACCAGGGAAACAACUACCCCGGCAACCCCAACAACAACGGAGGUGGUCACCAGGGGCGACCGCGUUAUCGUGGAGGAGGGGGGAUGGAGGGAAGAGGAAGGGAGAGGGAUCAGAGAGGAGGAGGAGGGAGGUUUCAGCAGGGGGAGACAGAGGAGGGUACCAUCACCCCUACUACAUCCCUCCUCACCAACACCUCUACCACAGCAGCAGUAACCACCACCCUCCACCAGGGGGCCACAUAUCCCCCCAGGGAAGAGGAGGAGGUGCAGGGUGGUUUCAGGAGGGGUACAGCACCCCCCCUCGCAUGAAGAGGCAGUUUAGUGCCCCCGAUCUGAAGAGCAAGGAGACCCCUGUGUGACCUCUCACCCCUGACCCCACACACAGACAACCUUCCUAUAAGGACACUGCAUAUCCAGCUGACAGGCUUAUGACCUGUCAUAACACUACAUACUGCUGUUAUAACUGAUGCUACUACACUACAUGGUGUAUAAUGUAGCUAUAUGGACUGGGGCAUGUGUGUGUCUGCAUGCUUCUGUCUCUGCCAUUGUGUAAUUGAAUACAGAACAGAGUGUGUGUGUCAACGCUUUGCUUAGCACACAACAAUGAGUCUGCACACUCUGUGUCACUCACACACAACACUAAAUAACGCCAGUGUGUGUGUUCCUGCUGUAGUGGUUAGCGUUCUCAUAUACAACAGGUCUUUUUAAAUAUUAGUUCUGAGGGUCUUUCUGAAGGUCAGCAGUUCUGUUUUAGUUGUUGAUACGUUUUCAUGCACCAGCAGGGCAUUAUGGGAGGUGCCUUCGGCGGCCUGGCCCACACGACCGUACCUGCUUUCCCGUCCAAAUUACAUAUUGAUCCUUUAUUUGACCUGGACGCGCGUCAACACAAAGACCCAUCAAUCUCAGAUAAAGCAUCCGAGUGACAGAAACAGCACCCCUCUGUCUGUCUGUCCCCUCUGUCUGUCCCUCUGUCUGUUUCCUCUGUCCCCUCUGUCUGUUUCCUCUGUCUGUCCCCUCUGUCUGUUUCCUCUGUUGUCCCCUCUGUCUGUCCCCUCUGUCUGUUUCCUCUGUCUGUUUCCUCUGUCUGUCCCCUCUGUCUGAUCUGUGUCCUCUCUGAUACUAUUUCUGGCCAGACAGCAUCAGAGACAUAUAGUAACAUUGAGGGGUGCUGAUUGGCUCGAAUGCUUUCUCCAGUGAGAUAGUUACAGCGGAGAGGAAGUCUCUCCAGAAUAAGCCCAAUGCGUUUCUAUGGGCAUAAUAUGCAGACCUAAGCAUGUCGCCUGCCUACCUGCCAUUAGGACAAUGACUCCCGUUGUUAGGGCGGAGACAUGAGCAUCUAGUCAUUAUAUACAGAUCUCUGGUUUCAGCCUCUUGGGAAUUGGACAGUUGGCAGGUGCACAGGUCUCUGUUAGGAUACUUCCCUUAAAGAAAAUAUAUGUUUUGCCAAAAUUAUAUAAUUACUCCUGUUGUCCAUUUUUUCAUUGUCUUUUGUUUGGUGCGCUAAAUGUGAGCAAUGAGCAUGUGUCUGGUCUCUCUGCCAUGAUAACGUUGAGGGAGAGCAUGUGUCUGGUUGCUCUUCCCUGAUUGUGUUGAGGGAGAGCACGUGUCUGGUUUCUCUUCCCCGAUUGUGUUGAGGGAGAGCAUGUGUCUGGUUUCUCUUCCCUGAUAGUGUUGGGAGAGCAUGUGUCUGGUUUCUCUGCCCUGCUAGUGUUGAGGGAGAGCAUGUGUCUGGUUUCUCUUCCCUGGUAGUGUUGAGGGAGAGCAUGUGUCAGGUUUCUCUGCCCUGAUAAUCUUGAGGGAGUGUGCGCACCUGAGCAUGCCUAGCAGUAGGCCUACCUGGCCUGCUGCGUGCAUAUGUAGAAAAGCUCAUUUGGGAGAUCUGAUUGUCUUAGCCACAACUAAUCAGCUGAGCCUCUCAGUCAUUUUUUCCUCACACAGUAAGAUAAUGAAGUCUGACAUUUUUUUUUACAUCCAUUGCGAAUGAUAAUAGUUCCUCACGGUUUUUGAAAAAAAAAACACUCCUGGCCUAUGAGAAUCACCCAGCCUCGGGGUGAAAAAAGCUAAAUAUCAUGAUCUGAUGAUCGCAUAUAUCCAGUGGAAACAGCAGAAACUGCUUUCUGUCCCGACCUCACUGGGCCGGAAUAGUUGAUACAAUGUUGCAGGUUCGCUUGCCUUGGGGCUGGACUCAGUUGAUGAUCAAGUCAAGAACAAUGGAAAGGGAGGCAGACAGCAGAGUAGAGAGAUGAAUGCGAUUGAAAAUGAAAGAAUAAAUAUUUUAUCGGGA